CAAACGUUUGCAGUAGUUCUCAACAAAAGUGAACAUGCAUGUGUUAGGCGACAUCGUUCUCGUUUUGCUGAUGUUACUUUCCCUUGGAAGCUGUAUUUUAGCACUCGUGGACGGUGAGGAUGAACCUCAAUGUUUGGUGUACAAUUCGCCAGAAUUAGACGCCAAAUACUGCACUGAUGAAUUGAGAAGCUUCGAAACCCGACUGACAAGAAUUCUUGAUAAGAUUGAAGAAAAAACGGAGAUUUUCGAUUUUCAACGAGGAUGUCGGCGUGGGUGGUAUGGGUUCAGUGGUCAUUGUUAUUACUUCAGUAGAGAUAAACAGACUUGGAACGAUGCCCGCUAUUGGUGUGAAACUGAAGGCAAUUCAGAUUUGUUAAGUAUUAGUGGAGAAGGUGAACGUGAUUUCGUUGUUGAUAAGUUGAAACAUCACGAAGUAGACGAUGAUGGCGCUGUACACUUCUGGAUCGGAUUGAAUGAUAAAGAAGUGGAAGGCCAGUAUAAGUGGUCGAGUGGAGUUCCAUUAGACAGGACUUAUUGGAAAUCUGAUACUAAUAAAUAUGUUUUAAACGCAUAUUCCUAUGUGACUGUUCUACAAACAUUACCAGAUAUGUACGCUAUAACAACAUGUUUCUGGAUGAAGUCAUCGGCAACGAACACUGGGACACCAGUCUCCUAUGCCACGGAACAGACAGACAACGAGUUCAUAGUUUAUGACUACAAUUCAGUUAAACCUUUUGUCGUCGGUCAGAGCGCUCAAUCAGCGGUCGAUCUUAGUGAUGAUUUGUGGCACCACGCAUGCGUGACUUGGACUUCAAUCAAUGGACAAUGGCAGGUAUACAAGGACGGUGUUCUUGCAGCUGAGGGGACUGGUCUGUCAACUGGUUUGUACAUUCAUGGCGGAGGGGUAUUGAUUCUUGGCCAAGAGCAGGAUUCGCCUGGAGGAGGUUUCGUCGACACCCAGGCCUUUGUUGGCGAAUUCUCGCUUUUCAACCUUUGGAACAGAGUCUUGACGUCAGAUGAAAUUGGCGUCAAUUUUGCAGACUGUAUUGGUACUGGCAAUGUGUAUUCAUGGGAUAGCAACGCAAUAUCAGCAGUAUCAAUGACUAUUGUACCGUUUCAGAGUGUAUGUGAACAACCAAAUAACUAUCUCGAACAAGAUUGUGUUGAAAUCAAGAACGAAUUUGGGAGUUGGAAUGACGCGAAUUGUAAUAAUCAACAUAGAUUUAUUUGUAAAACCCAUAAAGUACCACGUGAUUGCAUGGAUGUUACCAAUCUUGGUUAUAAGUACAGUGGCGUUUACAGUAUCGACCCUGACGGUCAUGGGUCAUUUGACGUAAACUGUGAUAUGGAGACUGAUGGUGGUGGAUACACUGUUUUCCAGCGUCGCACAGACGGAUCUGUAGAAUUCUUCCGCGACUGGAAAGAUUACAAAUUAGGUUUUGGAGACCUCAACGACGAAUUUUGGCUGGGUAAUGAUAAAUUGAAUCGCCUCACUAGAGGGCGCCAUCAAGAACUUCGCAUUGAUUUGACAAACGUGAAUGGGGUAACGGAUUUCGCAGUGUAUGAUUAUUUCUCAAUUAGUCACGAAAAUGAUUUUUAUAGGCUACGGUUGGGCUCGAAAAUAAGCGGUGGUUUGCCGGAUAGUUUAUCUCACCAUCUGAAUAUGAGAUUUAGCACAAAAGAUAGGGACAAUACCGCGAAUAAUGAAAACUGCGCCCUCAAUCAGCAUAGUGGCUGGUGGUACAACCAGUGUCAAUAUGCUGAUUUAAACAGAGAGUAUGCAGAUGCUUUCGGAAUAAGCUGGUAUGAUUGGUCAAAUCCGAGAAUAAUUGAAAGUAUAAUGAAAAUACGAUAGAAUGAAAAUUAUAUUUUUAAGAAAGCAUAUGUCAUAUCGGAAGAGGGUAUGAAUUCCAAUGACACAAGAAUUGAAAUAGUCUGCCAGCAAUAUUUUCAGUUUUAAACCCAAGUAACUCAUAUAGUGUAUUAGUCGAAUUAUAUUACAAUACGUAUAAAGUACAAUGUAGCGUGUUGAUUUACGCACUUCAUUAUAUGGGGUUUAUCAUGUACUAGUAGCAAAUUUGCACUUUAUUCUAGUUUGGCAGUGAUGUAAUUUUGUGCACUUCACAAGUAUAUAUUAAAAUGUAUCUACUCGAUAUAAUGUAAGACUGAUUUACGCUUAAUUAUAGAGUGAAAUGAAUGAAUGAAUGUAUAAAAUCACUCAAAAUACUGUAUUAUUGGUUAAAUAAAGUAACCGUCUAUGCACAUGAAAUUCAA